AUGGCACAAAUGACAUGUUGUCAAAUUCGAGGCAAAAGUCCAAAUGAACUUGAAAAUGUAUUAAAUGAUUUACAUGAAGAAUUAAAUACAUUAAAAAUAGGAAGAAAAAAUGUCAAUAAAAUUGAAAACAUACGAAAAUCUAUUGUACAUGUACAUAUUGUUCAGAAUCAGACAACAAAAGAAAAUUUAAGACAAUUAUAUCAUGGAGAAAAAUAUAAACCAAAAGAUUUAAGACCAAAACAAACACGAGCAAAGAGACGAUUAUUAACAUCUAAAGAAGAAUCAAUAAGUUUAGCUAAAACACAAAAAAAGAAAUGGACUUUUCCAAAACGUACAUAUACUGUUAAAGAUUAA